AUGAUUAAAAAAUUCGACAAGAAGGAUGAAGAGUCUGAUGCGGUGGGGGACCGCCUCCACUCUCCUCCGCCCCCGCCGCCUCUUGAUUUCGGGACGGCGGGGCCGGGGGCGUGGGCGCCACUGUGCAAGGGGGCCGGUGUGGGGGGCCGGCCCCUCUCCCGCGCUGCCGCCGGGGCCUGCCAUGGCCCCUCCCCCGGGCUCCGGAGCCUCCCCUGGGGUCCCGCGCAGCCUCCGGCUGCUCGGCGGCCCCGCCCCGCACCGCCCCCGCACCGCCCCUGCCCGGGCGCAGUCCCUCCCCGCGGGCCCUGGCGGGGCAGUGAGGCGCGGGGCGCUGAGGCCCCGAGGGGAAGAGCCCGGCUAUCGGGCUGGGGUCGACGGGCGCGUGCUAUGUGGAUGCACUCUGGUGCCGUGCACCGUGCAGCCUUCUUGGGGACCCCCCUCACCCCUACUCACCACCUCCCCGCCCGGCUCUGUGGGACCUCGGGGGCGGGCGCAGGAUUGUCCCGUGGGACGGAGGGCGCCUUGAGUCCCCAGGACCGGUCUUGGAGCUGGGGCGAGUGGGGAAGAUGCCAAACCGCCCUAGAGAACACGAGACGUAGUGGCUCCAAUCCUUUCCAGCAUUUGGAAAAGAGUACCGUCUUGCAGGAGGCUCGGUUAUUCAACGAAACACCCAUCAACCCAAGAAGAUGUUUGCAUAUUCUUACAAAGAUCCUUUACUUACUGAACCAGGGUGAACACUUUGGAACUACAGAAGCCACAGAGGCUUUCUUUGCCAUGACCCGCUUGUUUCAGUCUAAUGAUGUAAGUCACUUUUAUUCUGAGAUGAAAAGCUCCUGAUGCGUGUUUCUCUCGGGGAACCUUGGGUAUUGCAAAUUAUGGACAGUUGCUUGAAACAUUUAAAUUAAAAGCUGUUCAUCUUCAUAAGACUUUAGAAUUGUUCGUUAAAGGGUGUGAAGAUGUAAGAAUUGCCGUAUGUGGUUUAAAGCUUUUCCUGGGGCGGGCAUUUGGCACUGUGGUUAAG